CUCUACAGCACAUUGGCCCUCCAGGUUUGCACUGGUCAGCCCUACAGGAGAGCAGUAUGACUGUUUACAAAAGCAGCUGCGAGAACGAAUAGAGGAAGGAUGCGGAGAAACCAUCUAUGUGGUCGGAAUGGGAACAGACGGUGGUGAUUAUGGUCUGGAUGAGCGGGAUAUGGAAGCAUCUGUCGCUACAGUGCAGUCACUUUGUGAACAGGUUGACGGCGACCUGAUUCUGCUGAGAGAGAGGACAGAGACGGCAGGAUGUGUCCGCGAUUAUCUCAUCCGGCGCCGCAUGGGAGAGGCCGACUUCCUGGAAGUCAGAGUUGCAGUUGUAGGUAAUGUAGAUGCUGGUAAAAGCACACUUUUGGGUGUCCUAACCCACGGCGAACUCGACAACGGUCGUGGAUUCGCCCGCCAGAAGCUGUUCCGCCACAAACACGAGAUGGAGAGCGGCCGGACCAGCAGCGUUGGCAAUGACAUCCUGGGUUUUGACCAGGAAGGGCAUGUGGUCAACAAACCGGACAGCCAUGGGGCCAGCCUGGACUGGACCAAAAUCUGCGAGAGGUCGUCAAAGGUCAUCACUUUCAUCGACUUGGCGGGUCACGAGAAGUACCUGAAGACCACCGUAUUUGGCAUGACUGGCCACCUACCGGAUUUCUGCAUGCUAAUGGUGGGAAGUAACGCAGGAAUCAUUGGCAUGACUAAAGAGCACCUCGGUCUCGCUCUGGCCCUCAACGUUCCUGUUUUUGUAGUUGUAACUAAGAUAGACAUGUGUCCCGCUAACAUCUUACAAGGUAAUGCGAAUCUCUCAUUUUACUACAGAAGUUUAAUCAACAGCAUUUGUGGCAUAAUGCUCAUUAGUAAUAAUUUACAGAAAUAA